AUGAGAAAGGCUUGUAAAAAUAUGAGAGAAGUCAUUUCCCCUCUUUACAACUGGUGACAAACCAGCUCCUGCAUUUCUUCCUUGUCCGCAGGGCUGGGAGAAGAUUGCAUCGGACAGAAGGAGACCAACAGGGAGCGGAGAACUCUGCGUAGUCAUCAGGAAAAUCCCCGAUUGGCUGUAGCUGGUGGGCAGCCUACAAUAAGGGUCUGGCCAGAGGAAACGGCCUCAGAAGCCGCCCCCAAGAUUUCCAUCUCUCCCAGAGUUUUACUUUUUUGAUGGAGAACUUGAUUGUUGAUUUGGAGGUGAACAUGUCUGUGGAGGAACGGGCAGGAGCACUCCCGCUGCUGGUGAAGGAGGAGGAGAACCUAGAGGCCUUCAGGCUGUGUUCUGAGAUGGAGGGAGGCAAAGCGCCGAAGAUUGUACAUGUAGGGAGCAUCGGGGAGCUGAAGACCAUCACCAUGCCACAUAUUAAAACAGAGCCAGAAGAAGGGGAGCAACAACUCUGGGAAAACCAGUGGCAGGAAUUCUUAGGGUCACUUCAGGCCCCUCACUCGGGGUGGGGGACCCCACCAGUGUCUGAGGAGCCCGCACCAUGGGACGACCCUAAAGCUUUCCUAGCCUCCUUUGAGCAAGUCGCAACAGCGUGUCGAUGGCCUCAGGAAAAGUGGGUGACCUUCCUUCUGCCGGCCCUCAGCGGAGAAGCUGAGCAGGCCUUCAGCAGCCUCAGUGUCCGAGACAUAGAGGACUAUGGGAAGGUGAAGGCGGCCAUCUUGCAGUCGGCGGCCAUCGCCAGGGAGAAGCAGCGUCAGCGCUUCAGACAGCUCUCCUACCAAGAGGCGGAGGGUCCGAGAGCGGUUUACAGUAGACUCCAACAGCUUUGCCGUCAGUGGCUGAAAGCAGAGAGGCACUCGAAGGAGGAGAUCUUGGAGCUGCUGAUCCUGGAGCAGUUCCUGACCGUCCUGCCCCAGGAUAUGCAGAGCUGGGUUCGGAGAAGUGGCCCGGAGACCUGCAUCCAGGCAGUUGUCAUGGCCGAAGAGUUUCUGUUGAAGCAGAAAGAAGUUGUGAGGCUGAAAGAGGAGGUGCCGGAUUCUUGGGAGGGGGUGGCUGUGAAUCCUGCUGAGGGCGAUGAGAUUCCACCGCCAGAUACGUGGAUUGACGUGGAUGCAACGCCAGAUUGGGGAGGAGCGGAGAAGUCCACGGGUGCUGGGCAGGUGCUUGUGAGCCAGGUGGAUAAUAUACAUCCAACGGAGCAGGUGGCCUCAGAUGAAGUAUUGCCAAAGACGGACAGCGCUUACCAAUAUUGCAAGGAGGGGACAGAGCUUGUGAGCCAGGAGGGAACACAGAGUGAGCAGGUACCUGAACCAGGGAAGAGCGUGGAUGCACCUAUUCUGAUUGGCGAAGGUGAUUUUAAUCAGGAGGACACCAAGGAUGGCCUCAAACUCCACAUUUGCCAGUGCGGGAAAAGUUUCAGAAGAAGCUCCGACCUUCGAGUCCACGAGAGAACUCACACUGACGAAAAGCCAUACAAAUGUUCAGCGUGUGGGAAAGGCUUCCGCCAAAAGGGAAACCUUUCGACGCAUGAAAAAAUCCACACUGGAGAGAAACCGCACAAGUGUUCCAUUUGUGAGAAGAGUUUUGCGAGCGGCUCCAACCUUAUCGCGCAUGAGCGGAUUCACGCCGGAGACAAACCGUUUAGAUGUUCUGUCUGUGGAAAGAGUUUUGCCAGUGGCUCCAACCUUAUUGUUCAUGAGAGAAUUCAUACUGGAGAGAAACCUUACAAGUGCUCGAAAUGUGGGAAACGUUUCCAUCAGAAGGGAAACCUUCGGACACAUGAAAAAAUCCACACCGGAGAGAAGCCACAUCAGUGUUCUGUGUGUCAGAAAUGUUUUGCUAGUGUCUCUAACCUUAUUGCACAUGAGAGAAUCCAUGCUGGUGAAAGACCAUAUGAAUGUUCCAUCUGUCUGAAAAGUUUUGGUUCUGGCUCCAACCUUAUUGCGCAUCAGCGCAUUCAUGCUGGCGAGAAACCUUACAAAUGUGCAAAGUGCGGGAAAAGUUUCCAUCAGAAGGGAAAUCUGAGAACACAUGAAAAAAUUCACACUGGAGAGAAACCACAUCAGUGCUCCAUAUGUGAGAAAAGCUUUGCUAGCGGUUCCAACCUCAUCGCGCACGAGAGAAUUCAUGCUGGAGAUAAGCCGUACCAGUGCUCGGUGUGUCAAAAAAGAUUUAGUACAGGUUCCAACCUUAUUUCGCACGAGAGGAUUCAUACCGGAGAGAAACCAUAUAAUUGUUCAAAAUGCGGGAAAAGUUUCCGUCAGAAAGGGACACUUACAGCCCAUGAAAAAAUUCACAUUGGAAGAGAUUUCUACUAGUUGUUUGGAAUAUGGGAAAAUUUCUAUAGCGCUAAAAAACUUGGGUGCUGUGAAAUGAUCCAUACUGGAGACAAGUCUUAUCAAUGCUCAAUGCAUCAGUAAAAUCUCACUGAUGACUCCAGCCUUACUGCGCAUGUGAAAGUCCACAGAGAACUCACAUUCAUGCACUGAUUGCUGGGAAAACUUCAGUGGGCAUUCGACUUGUAGGGCGUAUGAUAGAAAAGAAAUCAUAUAAUGUGGAAAUGUAAUAACGAGGGAAAGGAUUAAACACACACUGGAGGGAAGCCAUGUGUGUUAAAAACUUUGGUCGGGGACCAUGCCAUAUGGCCUGUUAAGGGACAUUGGAAAGGACAGAAGCCAUAUCAGUGCUCAGACUGUGGAGAUGGUUUGGGGGCACAGUUCAGCUUUUAGGGUAUGCAGGAAAAUCCUUUCAGGAGAGGCGAGAUCUAUUGAAGAUUUCUGACACUGAGGAAAUCUAGAAAUGGUUGCCUGAAGUUCUGAGACUCUGGCAAAAUUGACUCAGACUGGAAGCCCCUAAAUGCUUGUGAUGAGAAAUUCUUACGUCUGAGCACAGCAUUUACUAAGAUCUGAACAUUCACAUGAGAAUGAAUGACAGUUUAAAACAUAAGACUGGAAGGGAAAUGGAACAGGCAGGGUUAUUUGUCACUCGGCAAUGUAUACCAAGGAAGGUUUGACCAGUACUGCCUGCAAACUAGGGCCAGUUCCCACAUUACCUUCUUAAUAAGGAAAUGCCUUUCAUGAAGCCCGCUUCUGCCUGUACUGGUCUUGUUAAUCUUUGCCUCACCCUGAAUUUUUUCCCCGCAAGGAUUGGAAAUUCUAAAUAUACAAUACACACAUUUGAUGAUUGAAA